ACUAUGUAUUUUUUAUAUAGACUAAUAGAUUACCUAUAUUAUGUAGAAUAUAGUGUACUAUUAUCUAGUUCUCUUCGCUACCGCGUCCAGACCACUCAUUAACUGUUGGUUUUACGUUUGAACGAUUCAAUUUGUUUACAUUUAAAGAAUUUUCGCGCCAAUUAAAAUUACAAAUACUUGGAAUACAGAACUUUUCCAUUCUAAACAUUUUAUGAAACGUGUGAUUGUCAACGCACUGUGGCUGUCAAAAAUCUAAUAUCACCUAAAUGGAGAAAUAGUGGAUUGAAAUAAGGUUAGGUUACUUACACGCAUCUUACACGCCGUCAGAUUCGGUCCACGUCGAGCCGGCCAGCCUGUCAACAAUGAGCCAUCGGCCGGUCGCGGCGGCGGCGGCGGUGUCGAUGUGGCGAAGGUUCUGGAGCGGCGUCACCGUCGAACCGGUGGUCGCGUGUUACAUGACUGCGUUCACGAUGGUAACGCUCACGGUGUCCAACCUGAACUUGCAGAAGGCAUGCCGCGUGAACCUCCAGCUGCCCGACGAGACGUGCGAGGCGUUGGAGACGAAAACCGCGGGCGGCCAUCCGACGGAAGAGGUGGCCGUGCAAAAACUGGUCACCGGCAUGAUGAUGUGGCAGACGUGUGCGCAGAACGUGCUGCCGUGCGUGCUCAUGCUGUUGGUGGGUGCUUGGAGCGACCGGACAAGGAAGCGCGUUCCGUGCAUGCUAUUGCCGUUGUAUGGUGAACUGGCCCGGAACGCUGGCCAAAUGCUGUGCGUCUACUACUUCUAUCAGCUGCCCAUGGAGGCGGCCGGCGUCGCCGAGACGAUACCGCUGGCCCUGACUGGUGGCCAAACCCUCAUGACCAUGACUGCCUACAGUUACAUCGGCGACGCCACUUCGGUGGGACAACGAACGUUCAGAAUUGGAGCAUUGAAUGCUGUUAUGGCUGUAUCUAUGGCUAUUGGAACGUCAAUGUCCGGCAUAAUAUAUAAUAAGUUAGGAUUCUACGGAGCAUAUGGUAUAUCGUCUACGUUGAUUAUAAUAGGUCUAUUGUAUGGAUUAUUGUUUGUCAAAGAUGUGACGCCAGUUACGGAAGUGAAUAAAAACAAAUCAUAUCGAACGACCAUAUCAGAAUUUUUAGACUUCAAACACAUCACACGGUCGUUCAAUACUACUUUUAAAAAACGUCCAAACAGACAAAGGAUUAGAAUUAUAAUUUUACUAAUUAUAUUCAUGGCAAGUGCUGGUACAAAUGCUGGUUAUCAUACAGUAUGUUAUUUGUACACCCGAGUGCAAUUCAAUUGGAACGAAGUAAAAUACAGUGUAUUUGCAUCGUAUGAAUUAGCAGUAAACAUAAUUGGUCUUCUAUUUACCUCAUUUGUCCUUAGUAAGCAAUUGAAAAUUUCCGAUGAAAUAUUAGGAAUGUUAUCAACGAUUAGUCAAACACUGGGUGCAUUGUUCUACACCUUUGCUUAUACCGAAUCCCUCUUCUAUAUAGGACCUCUAGUGAACAUUUUGGUCACUGCAGAAAAUAUAUCUACCAAAUCAUUGAUGACAAAACUAGUACCAAGCACUGAACUCAGUCAAAUAGCAGCUAUAUUUGGCAUUGCAGAAAUUAUGGUUUCAUUAGUGUUUGGACUCAUGUACAAUGGCUUAUAUGAAACCACAAUUAAUAUUCUACCUGGAGCUUUUUAUACGAUCACUUUCAUAUUCAUGGCCCCGUCUAUUGUUUUGUUCCUAUGGCUGUAUACGAAGCGAACAAAUGAAUAUGAAUACAUAAACGAGUCAAAUGAUGUAGUACCAUAUGAAAAAAGUGCAAAACUUAAGUCAAAAACUUUAAGUAGUUCUAACUAUGGUACGAUCGUAAAACCACAACAGUACUAACAAAAAUAUGCGAUUGAUUUUAAAAUAUACCUAUGUAUAAUAUAACUAAUAUAUUAUUAUUACUUGAAUAUAAUUUAUUUAGCUAAUAAUACAAGUGUCAUUAUUACAGUCACCACCAUCUAUAUCGACGCCGAUCAUAACGAUAUAAAAUAGGGUGUUAUAUUAUAUAAUUCUGAGUUUCUUCUGAAUAUUUUUAUAUAAUAAUUGUUUACAUAUUAUUACAUUUGUAAAUAUCCAUUAUAAAUAUGUUUAUAUUGUUUUCAAAAGAGUUAAGCCCGUGUCUUUCAUAAUAAAUAAAUAGUAAGAACGACGUUAAUUUCUAGGCCACGGAAAAAAUUUGUUUAUUUAUAUGUGCAUUUAUAAAGCAACAUCUGGUUAAAACAACAUAUUUUUACUAUCCUUUGGCCUCCGUUAUAGAUGGUAAUGACUGUACAUAUUGUUAUCAUUGAACAAAAUGAUUGUAGUACGUACUUAACUAUUAAAAUGUUAUAGUUUAA